AUGAACCAGUGCGACUGAUGCUAUCUGCUGGACUAUUUAAAGAGCAACAGAGCUCAACCAGUCUCCAGUUCUACUACCUCUGUUCAACCUCCUUGAUUGGAUUUACAGAACCUCAAAUAACUCUAUGAGGUGUGGGCUUGUUUGCUAAGGAACCACGGUACCACUCUGCCUGCCCGGUAAAACCUCGGAUAUUCUCCUGCUGAGGUUGAGAAAAAGAAAUCGAGCCUGAUAUCCUCGCCUCCUCGGACACCAAAAGAAAUCGAGCCUGAUAUCCUCUCCUCGCCUCCUCGGACACCAAAAGAAAUCGAGCCUGAUAUCCUCUCCUCGCCUCCUCGGACACCAAAAGAAAUCGAGCCUGAUAUCCUCUCCUCGCCUCCUCGGACACCAAAAGAAAUCGAGCCUGAUAUUCUCGCCUCCUCGUACACCAAAAGAAAUCGAGCCUGAUAUCCUCUCCUAGCCUCCUCGGACACCAAAGACGGUGAAAGUCUGGUUGAUUGUCGAACCUGUAUCCUAAACAUGUCUCCAUCGAGGUCUGCGAAGGCUCCUCUCUCCAAUGGGCAGUCUAUAUCUGAUCAGUCUGCGGCUGCUCCUCUGUCCAUCUCCUUCUCUGGGUCGGGGUUCCUGGCUACGUACCAGUUGGGUGUGGCCCAGAGCAUGCUGGACCGGUCCCCCUGGGUGCUGCAGGCGGCCCCUAAGGUCAUGGGGGCCUCAGCCGGGUCCCUUGUGGCUGCUGCUGUGGUCUGUGGAUCCAGUCUGGACAUGGUGCGUGAUGAGAUGCUGAGGUUUGCGCGGCAGUUGAGGGGCAGUGUCCUGGGACCGCUGCACCCUGCGGGGAACGUGUCGGUGUGGAUAGAACGUAUGCUGCGCCGCUUGCUACCGGCCGACGCCCACAUCAGGGCAAGCGGACGCCUCGCCAUCGCCAUGACGCGCAUCCCAGAUGGACAGAACACCAUGGUGUCAAAGUUCACGUCCCGAGAGGAAGUUGUGCAGGCGCUGUUGUGCGGUUGCUUCGUGCCUGGGUACUGUGGGAUACAGCCACCAAGUUACAAAGGAGUGCAUUACGUGGACGGUGGUUUCUCCAGUAUCCAGCCGACCAACUCCUGCCCAAUUGGCCACACCCUCACUGUGUCUCCAUUUGCUGGUGAGACGGACAUCUGCCCAAAAGACCCCGCCCCCCUGUGUGAUAUUGUGGUGAGCGGAGCUCCCCUCCACUGCAGUCUGGUCAACGGUUACAGGAUGCUAGAUGCCCUCUACCCCUACAACUGGGAGGCUCUGGACAAGGCCUACCACAGUGGAUACGGAGACGGCCUUCACUUCCUACAAACCAGUGACCUGGUCCCAUGUCUGCCUCUUCUUAACACCCCAUCAGAGCCUCACUUCUCACCUCCUCCUGAAGGAUGGACAGAUCUGGAGACAGACCUGGAGGAGGAGGAGGGGAAGCAGAAAGAAGAGGAGGAACACAUAGAGAGGAAGCAGGAAAAGAUGAAGAGAUGGGAGCAAAAGGAGGAUGAG